AUAAAGGAACUAUACUGGACAAUAUCACUGAUAGUAUAGUUUUUAAUUAGCAAUAUGUCGGGUCUCGGUGCGUACCUGUUUGUGAUUUUAGCGCUAAGCCAUUUUGUGUCUUGUGAAAAAGCAGUCAUAUGUUACUACGGAACUUGGGCCACGUAUAGAGAUGGCCUUGGCAAAUUCGACGUAGCAAACAUAGACCCACACCUUUGCACUCAUCUGAUCUACGCGUUCGCUGGUAUUGAUGAAGAAGGAACACUGCAGUCUUUAGAUCCUUAUUUAGAUCUACCUGAUGAUGACGGACGAGAUAACUUUGGCAAAUUCAACGCUUUAAAAGAGAAAAAUUCAAGUUUGAAAACACUUCUGGCCGUCGGUGGAUGGAAUGAAGGGUCCGCUAAGUACUCCACAAUGGCAGCCAGUCCAACGCUUAGAAAGAACUUCAUAGACAGUGCCUUGAACAUGAUCACAAAACACGGCUUCGAUGGUCUAGACAUAGACUGGGAGUACCCCAACCGAAGAGACACAGUUCAUGGUGAAGCAGACAUUGACAACUUUACCACUCUGCUUAAAGAAAUAAGAGCUGUUUUUGAUAAGCAAGGACUGUUGCUCACUGCCGCAGUGUCUUCUGUCAGAGCGGCGGCGACGCAGUCUUACAAUGUUGCUGAAAUUUCCAAAUACUUAGACAUGGUACAUAUAAUGACGUACGAUAUGCAUGGAUCUUGGGACGCUGUCACUGGCCACAAUGCACCUCUUCAUCAAGGAGAAGGAGACGAGGAUGCGGUUCCAGAAGAUCUAUUCAAUGUGGAACAAUCUUUGAACUUCUGGAUUGGGGCCGGGUGUCCGCCAGAGAAGAUAGCCCUCGGUGUUCCAUUCUACGGUCGCACAUUUACAUUGAAGGAUGCUAAUGAGAAUGGUGUGAGGGCCCCUGCGGCAGGUGAAGGGAUAUCUGGACCUUACACUGCUUCUUCAGGCUACAUUGGUUACAACGAGUUCUGCCAAAGACUACAAACCGAAUCCUGGACGCAACGUUAUGACACCCUAGCAAAAGUUCCUUACGCAGUCAAGGGCAAAGAUUGGGUCACCUACGAUGACGCCAACUCCAUUACUGCUAAAGUCAACUAUGCCAAGACCUUAGGCAUCAAUAAAAUCAUGAUUUGGAGCAUAGAAACUGAUGACUUCCAUGGCAUUUGUGGUGAAGGGAUCAAUCCUUUACUUAGUGCUAUUAAUUCGGCAUUGAGAACGGAUCAGAAGUAACCACUUUUAGCAUUGCUGUUUCUUAGGCGUCAAGAUCUACGUCUAAAUUGACAAAGAGAAUAUCUCUCUAAAAAAUUUAAAGGGAUCAAACUCUUCUGGG